AUUCCAAUACCCAUCCUCACAUCCGUCGACUCCAGCAUGCAUCGCGCUCUAUAAUCAGCCCUUGAGCCCCCGGACUGGGCGUCUCGCUCUCAGGAAACCACUCGCCAUGGCGUCCCGCUCCUCAUGUCCGUUCUGCAAUAUUGUAGCCCAUUACCCAGCAUCCCCAAACCCGGAUCCCGAUUACGACCUCGUAUCCCCGCCCGCGUUCGUUAUCCUCAGCACGCCGUUAUGCAUGGCCUUUUUGGACAUCAUGCCUUUAUCCCCGGGCCAUCUGCUUGUUACUACGCGCCAGCACCGCGAGAAGAUCUCGGAUGUUACCGAGGAGGAAUCUAGGGAGUUGGGCUUGUGGCUACCCAGGAUGAGUCGGGUGUUGGCGAACGUUACUGGCGUGCACGAUUGGAAUAUCGUGCAGAAUAACGGUGCUGCCGCAGCCCAGGUCGUCCCACAUGUACAUUUCCAUAUCAUACCCCGUCCACCGCUUACGCCGGAGUUGCGAAAUCGAUCAUUUACCAUGUUUGGCCGAGGCCAGAGGACUGAGCUUGACGAGGAUGAAGCUGCCGAACUGUCCAGGAAGUUAAGGGAGGAAGUGACACGAGAGCUCGAGAGGAUAGCCAGUAGGGAGAAGCUAUAGACGUUGUUAUGGUCCACAUCUGCGGCGAGGGGUGUUUAUGGGGCGUCUAUGGCGUAUUUUUGAAUAGUACAAGAAUACCUCUAAGGAGGAUAUGGUUGAUUUGGUGCAACUGGCCUGGCAUUCAGACAUCUCGUAUAAAGAGAUCAAUUCCCUCCCUACUUGCCAAUGAUUGCAGUUUGGCCUAGAAACUACAUUCGGGAAUGUGAACACACCCUCUUCCACAAAUCUUCGUCAACAUUGCUAUACGCUCAUACGAAUGAUCCCCUUCAACAUAAAGAAGUAUAUUAGUUCUGGUAUAUAGGCCCAGAUCAAUUAUACCCGAUAGAAGACUUCACUCAUAGAACAAUAUUAUUGGGAUCACGCCAACUUAAAGUCAGAAUCAUCUUGCAUGAACAUUAUGUAACUGCAAAGCCAAAGGACUUCUUUGUGUCUAAGCAAAAGACCGAACUUCUACUU